CACAAAAGGAAUGCGAAUAUUGUAGCCUAUGCCCCAUCACAAAGUUACUGUGCGGAAUUUAAAAGUAGGCCUAGGCUAUAUAUAAACUAGCUCACUUCCUUUGGGUAAUUUGCAGAGCUGGCGGAAGUAGCCUACGUCAGUUAUCUCGGCUCUCUGAGGCUUUUAUUGCACACUAAUUUCAGAUGUAGGGAAAAGAGGGGAGAGUAGAUUUGAAUCACCCCCUGUCGCUUUAAGGACACUUAUCAAAGCUUUGCAUUUAUGCGAAAGGGAAAAAUACGAUGAGCCACGAGCAACUGAGCAACCAAGGACGGAAUUCAGGAGUGGAUUGAUGUAUAACUUACACGGGCCUGGAAUAGCCGAUGCCUUUGCCUUAUGGGGUUUGAUCAUAUACAGUGGAUUGUCGUAUGCUGAAGUCGCUAAACGGAGGAUCAUUUGGAAAAUAUUGCGCAUAAGUAGCGAGAGAUUUGGAGAUUCCUGCCCUCGUGGAUUUUAUCGCGCAAAGAUUUAGCCCUACGGUGGAACUUGUCAGAUGAAUAUGGUUAACCGUUGAAACUCGCUAAUAGCCUACAGAGAGGAUUAUCAACUUAUGUAGCCUAUUAUCUUAUCCAUUAUUGAUAAGCACCUAAUACGCAUUUUGACGGAUAUUAUCUAGACUCUUUUGACAGCGGAUCAUGGAUUGGGUGGUGGAGAACAACGGGCAGCGACAUGAUUUCUCUGCGCUGUCUGCGGUAUUCAGCUAUUAACAUUGUGUUAUUCCAAUGCAACAAAGUUGCAAAGGAAGUGGAGUGCAUAAAUUGUAACUAUUUCGCUGUUUUGCACCUGCUUAUGUGAAGAACGCGUCGACGUUACAGUAUCUAAUCGCUUAAAAUACGUGAGGAUUUGCAUCGCUUCUUCUUCGCCCGCAUGGAAUAUUUGAACAUUUGUUUAUUGUAUUCGGGAGGUUUAUAUUCAAGGUCAUUCCGUGAAUCUGAUUACUUAUAGAUGUAUUAUUUAUACAUCCGUAUCUACUAGUGAUAACACUAUAGAUUAUUAUUUCGGUUGGCCGCACAGGGAAUCCGCUUUACGUUAGGUGAUUUAUAGUGUUUUUGUCAUUGCAACAUUUCUAAAAUGGAUGGAAAAUUGAAGCAGAGCCGGAGAUCCCGUUCCAAACGUGAGAGGGUACGGAGACGGGAGGCAGUGGGCAAGGAUGCCCGCAGUCCGAAACCUUCGUCUUGUUCAGAUAGGGAGCAAAGUCCUGGGAGGGAUCUCGCCUCCCAGAAUGGUAAAAAGUCUCCACACUCAACACCCUCUGCCAGAACCUCGCGCCCCCCUCGUCGAAAGAGACGAGAAUCCAGUUCUCAAGAAGAGGAUAUCAUUGAUGAAUUUGCCAUUGCCAGUUUCGUCAGCCUGGACUGUCUGGAGAAGAAGACUGGGGCCCUGAAGUCUCAGGAGCGGAAGGAGAAAGAGAAGGAGAAGGAGAGGUGGAGAGAGGAGAAGCAGCAGGAGACGGUGGCGAAGAGACAGAAGGAGGAGGAGGAGGAGAACGUCAUGCCCACCUCUCUGGACCCUCUGGAGAACGGCUUCAUCAACCACGCCCAGAGAGAGCAGGAGAGGAUGAACGACAGACUGCUGAAGAAAACCUACUCCAAGAAGAACAAACAGAUCAAGGCCCUACAGGUACGCCCAGUGAAGCUGGAUGAGGAUGGGGCCAUGCAGGAGUUCAACAGACCCAACAGGAGCAUCUCUAAAGAGCACCUCAGUGAGAGCUCCACUCACUCGCUGUCAGGCCGGGGCUACUCGUGUGACAGCGAGAGUGACGUUGAUGACAAGGUAUCUGAUGUAGGAUCCGACAAACUAUUUUCCCCCACUACACCCAAAGGUGUGUCAACGAAUGAGAAUCCAGAGUCCAAGACUGUCAGCUCGGCCAAAGUCUCUGGGCUCCAGCGUAGCCAGGAGCAGAGUAACGAGGUGUCCUUCGCCCCGCCCGUGUCCAGCCCCACCCCGGCCUCCCCGCCUUCGGGCUCCCCUGCCCCCGCUGCCACCGCGGCAGCCCCCCCUCAGCCCCUCCCCAAGGCGCAGCUCACCUCCCCGCCCCCCCUCCUCAUCAAGAGAGAGUCGGAUCGGGUGCCGCCCAUCCCCAGAUUCCCCACCCCUCCCCUGCUGAGGGCCCAGCCCCACCCUCUCCAGGAGCACCGUGUCCCCGUCUCGCUCCCUCCCCCCCAGCACCAACACCACGCCAGGCCUCUCAUCAGCCACCAACUGCACCAGCAUCACCCACUGCAUUACAACAGCCUGCACGACAUCAGCGGCGGCAGUGCAGGCCUCCCCAAACACCACCACCUGCCCCCCUCUCCCCACCACCUGAGCGGCCUCCCCUCCUCCACCCCGGCCCUGCCCCUGUCCAUAGCCAACCUUUCUACCUCGCACUAUUCCUCCCUGCGAAGCCCGGCCCAUCGCCAUCCGGCCAUGUUCGCAACCCCCGCCACACUUCCGCCACCUCCGACCUUACCCACCAACAGCCUUGUGGUCCCUGGGCACCCCGCUGGCACCCCCUACCCAGAGCAUGACCUCCUGCGGCAGGAGCUGAAUAACCGCUUCCUGGUUCAGAGUUCAGAGGGGCGGAGCCGGGGGCCGUCCUCUGCGGGGUCCCCGCUGGCCCCUGUGUCACUCCUGAGGGGAGCGUUUCACCAACACCAGCACAUGCAUCAGCACCAACACACCCACCAGCACACCUUCACGCCCUUCCCGCCCAGUCUGCCCCCGGCCGCCAUCAUUACUCCGCCCACCGCACCCCCCAUGGUGCGAACCCCAGCCAGAAAUUUCGACAAAUACGCUCCAAAACUGGACAGUCCAUUCAUUAGACAUUCAAAUUUCUUCCCCUCCUACCCCCCCACAAUGCCAGGCAUGCCCCCGCUGCUCCCCCACUCAGGACCCUUCAGCUCACUGCAAGGAGCCUUCCAGCCCAAGUCCUCCAACCCCAUAGACGUAGCCUCCCGUCCGGGGGCAGUACCUCACACACUCCUACAGAAGGACCCACGGGUAUCAGAUCCUUUCAGGACAUCAGUCAGAAAACCUGGCAAGUGGUGUGCGGUGCACGUCCAGAUUGCCUGGCAGAUCUACCACCAUCAGCAGAAGAUGAAGCAGAUGCAGGUAGACCCUCACAAACUGGACAUGAAUGGAAAGCUGGACCUGUUCAGUCGUCCCCCCGCCCCGGGGGUGUUUCCUGGGUUCCCCUACACCCACGACCUGGCACGACCCAUGUUCUCCUCCACAGGUUCUGGCCAUCCGGCCGCCUCCCCGUACGGCCCCUCCCCCCACCACAGUGGCUUCCUGCCUCCCACCCACUUGGCAGGUAAGUAUCCUUUCAGUCGCUCCAGUACCUUUGGCGGCCUCGGCAACCUUUCAACCAGUGCCUUCGGAGGAUUAGGCAACCCCUCGCUUGGCUCCAACAGUAUCUUUGGCCAUAAAGAGGGCCCAGGGGGCCUGCCAGGCUUCGGCAGCCCCCACCACGAUACCUGGAACAGGCUCCACCGGACCCCACCCUCCUUCCCCACCCCGCCGCAGUGGCCCAAGUCUGCAGACACGGAGCGCAGCAACUCAGUCAACAGCCACGAGCGAGAGAGAGAACGAGAGAGGGAACGGGAGAGGGAGAGAGAACGGGAGAGAGAACGGGAGAAAAGGGAUUCAUCCAUCAGCAAGGAGGAGAAGGAUAAAGACAGAGAUUCAAUUGAUCGUAACCGUCACUCGAACCGUUCAUCCCCUGCGUCGGCCCAAACCAGCUACCAGAUCAGCAGCCUGAUCCGCUCUAACAGCCAGAACUCCAGUGACUCUGGUCGCCACCACAGCGCCAGUGUGGAUCGAGUCCGGGAGGCCGAGAAGGAGCUCGUGGAGCGCCACCGAGAGGCAGCCAUUCUGGUGGACGUCAAGGUGAAGGAGAGCCGCUCCCCUGGAGGAGGGAAGGAGGUGACCGACAGAGACAGACGCUCGUCAGAGGACUCCAUCAAACCAGCCCACCGCACGCCCUCUCCCUACCCCAAGGCUGUCCUAUCUGAGACAGGAAUGAAGAUGGCUGGUGGUCCCCCACCCACUCUACUCAAGGACGGGGACAGGGACAGGAAGGAGGGUCCUCCGUCCUCUGGGGGGGACCUGCUGCUGCACAAGGUGAAGAACGACAUGAAGAUCAAGGAGGAGCGCAAAGAGGACCAGGAGGUGAUGGUGGUGAGCUCCGAGCCUGCCCCUCAGCCUGUUCCUCCUCCUCAGCCUCUACCUCCUCCACCUCCCCAGCCCGGUCACCACCACCACCACCACCACCACCCUCCUCUGUCCCAGCAGCCUCCUCCCCCCUCCCCACGCUGCAGUGACUUGCCCACCCACGGCUCCCUGCACGGGGUGCACAUGGCCCACUCCCUGCCCCUCUCCAUGAGCGCCAUGCACCAGAUGGGCAGUCUCAACGUGCUGGACCGGGCCCGCAUGGCUCCCUUUAUGGGGGUGAGCCCCCUGGCUGCUGCUGCAGGGAGGGACCGGAUGCCCCACCAAGCCUUCCCUUGGGACCCACUGAGGGAGGCCUACCGCAACCUGGACCUGCAGCGCAGGAUGGACUUUCAGCUGAGGGCUGAGCAGGCCCAGCGCUUCCCCAGCAUGUACGAGCAGGAGCGGGCUUACCGGGAGAGAGAGGCACACGACUACUCCCACCAUGAGCACAUGCUGGAGGUACGGCGGGAGCACGAGAGGAUGAGGCAACAGGCAGAGGAAAGAGAGCGCCAGCACCUGAGGGAGGAGCUGGACCGAGCACGGCUCCACCAGCUGCACCAGUCCCCCAUGGAGGGACACCUGCCACACAUGCCCCCCUUCAUGCCCCACCUGGGCGGCAUGCCCUACCCCAGACUCAGCCCCUCCACCGGACACAACGGCCUGCUAAACCGGACGCCCCCCACCGCUGCCCUUAGCGCCCCCCCUCCCCUAGUGUCUGCGGGCAGCACCAGAGCAGCCUCCCCCAGAAGGACUACCCCCCUCACCACCCAGGACCCCCGAGAUUACUCCCCCUCCCGCAACCCCAAAGAAGUGGAGGCACGGUAGCUUAACAUAACAGACAAAGGACGUGAAUGCUUAAAAAGGCGCACUCCCCAAUUUGGAACCUACUAGAGAGAACAAGAUGCACUGCUUUUCAAUGGAGAAAGGCAUAAGUAAAAGAGAAAACAGUAUGAUUGUACAAAGUAAAGAUUUGUAAGGGUGAAGAAGCACAUGACAUGCUUUUAUUUUAUAUGGACAGGCUGAUGAGAAUGUUGGUUAGAAGAACACGAAUCAAAAAGUAUGUGUAUGUUAGUUUCCGACUUAAAAUUUGAUAUUAAUAUAUUAAUCCAAAACCUUUUGUUGAUUUUUCCGUGAAAAGUGAGAUUCUGAUUGAAAAGAGAGAUUCUGAUUGAAAUUAGUUUGUACAUUUCCUAUCCUUGUUCCAUGUAUAGACAUCAUUUUUAUGAAUUUGUAUUUUGUGCAUUAGUCAAUUAUUUUCAAUAUUUAUCCCAGUCCAUGAUGAUGCUCCACAGUGGAUGAUGCUCCACAGUGGAUGACGCUCCACAGUUUUUACCCAGUAAUUUAACCUCAUGGUACCUGAAAAUAUUCAUAAAUGAUCAUGUACAAAGUUACAUUAAAGAUUUGUUGCAUUUUAUUUGUUUUGCCUUUGAGAUAUGCAGACAAAUAUAUAUUACGAGGUCUUUGUUCGGUCUCUGUAAAGAAGAAUUAGUGUAUAAAAAAAAAUGACAAUGUAAAUUUAUUAGGCUUUUUAAAUGUUUCUAGAAAAACAAAUGAAAUCAAAACAGAACCACUUCCCGGUUGUAAACCAUGGUAACAGACGAGCCUGUCCAAUGGGAGGGAAGGAGGGCGGGCAUCAGAAGGGGGCCUGGAAUGAUCUUCUGCAAUCUAUGCAAAGAGGCACUGAGCACCCCGAUGGAGAGCCACCUGGAAUGGAAUGGACUGUUGGAUAAUGUUGAUUCUGUGAGAGGAACUUGGAUUAACUCAACAUGUUUUUCUUUCCAAUCAGGGGACAUGGAAUUAAACCUACAGACUUCCUGGUUACAGAUAAACUGUACCAGAAGCUUACAAUACAGCCCCAGUGACAGCAAAGGAAGACACGUUUGAUUGGGCGGCAAUAGGACUUUCUCUGUCGACCGUUGUGGUGUUGUGCAGUUGUUUUUCUUAGACUUGUAUACAAAACAAGUAGAGUUUUAGGCGUGCAAAAAAAUGAAAACGAACAUUCAUGUACGGAAUAAAGUUUGGACCUAAUACCUGCA